AUGGCGGAGGUGCGGGUACAGAUGGUUCAUGCCCUAGCCCGCGUCAUCGUCCACAUCUGUCUGGCGGCAUUUUUGGCUGGCAUCGUCGAACUGUGGCGUGAACCCAGCAUCCUCGCUCUCAGCUGGGAGAUCAUUGCGCUCUUCACCUGGCUCAUGUAUAGUGCUAUUCUCACGGGCCAGGUUCUGAUGACCACGACUUUCGUGCGAACCUUGUUUCUGAUUUUGAACGUCUGCGUGCUGGUCGGGAUACUCAUGUGCUCUUGGGCGAGUAAUGAAGAGUACCUGGGGCGAUUUGGGAUGACUCUGGGCAGCCAAAUCCUCCUGGGAGUCGUGUUUCCCUCCGACUGGUCCGUGCGGACGUCACUGUGUUAUGCAGCGGCUUUCAUCUUCAGCUUCACGCAGGUGCAUGGCAGCCAGGCGAUGAACGCGUGGUUCUUCAUCCAGCAAACCUUCCAGCUCGGCAUUUCCAAUGUCAUUCCGCAUUUCAUUGAUACCAUCAUCCGGCGUCAGAUCGCUGCAUCUUGUGAGUCGGAAGACUCAGACUCGCUGAUAGUUGGGUUCCGUCGAAUGCUUCGAGGCAUUUGUGAUGGAGACCUCCUGCUGGAUGGUCGCCUUUGUGCACCGGACUAUGCUCCGAGACCAGUGCAGUGGGUGAAGCAUUGGAUGGGCAAGCCAUGGUUCGGUUGGGCAUCCUUUAAGGAAGCUCAUUCCAUUCAUUGCGAUGAACCUGGAGGUGCAAACGUGACGGCGAAUUCGGGAUCCAGGGACCCAGCAGUUCAAGGAUGUCUUUUCUUUGAGUCUGGACCGGGACGCACGCCAGUACAGUCAACGCAACCGGACCGGACUGUGGAUGGACUUUGGGAUGUGAGUAAGAGGAGCGACAGUGGACAGGUCAGCGGCAACGCUUCCUUGCCCACUGUCCCUCCCAGCAACCCGGACUUGUCGACGACGUCGGAUCAGAAGAUGCGACGCUACGACGGUGACGAGCGUGACGAGACUUGCACGAGUGACGACAGCAUGGACACUGAAGCAUCUGCCCACCCGCGACUCAGUGAACAAACAUCUCUGCCAGAGGAAACGCCACAGGAUGUGCCUACCAUCGAGGCUCAACCUGCCGUUGAGUCGGGCCCAACUUCCCACCGUGCCAGUGUUGUUCAUAGCUUUCUGGGUCAUCUGGGUGUUAGUGGCAUGCAAGGCUUAGCGAUGUUGGGUUUAGGCCUUAUAAUCCUCACCCACCUCGCAAGUGCCGCCUGCAUGAUGCAUUUCAGCUCCGGUUCCAGUGUUCGCAACCCUCCCUUGUGGGGACCGGAGAUGCAAGAGCACUAUGCAUUCCGUGCCUGGACUCAUGACGUGCUUGUGUGGAGUGUAGCGUGUGAUGCAGAUCCAGCACGAAAGGCUGCAAUGCUCGCUAUGUCGCUCAGAGGAACGGCAUAUGAGUAUGUACGAACAUUGCCGCCUAUGGUGCUCAUACAGGGCGGCCAGAUUAACGGCCAUGCUGUAGACCCACUCACUUUCCUCAUGCACUCGUUGGCUGAAAGGUUUGGUACCCUAGGCGAGGAAAUGCGCCUUACCAGCAUAACUGAUCUGUUCCAUUUCAAGCGGAAUGUAGCAGCAAACGAACGCAUCGAUGAAGUGAUCACGCGGUUCGACAUGUUGCGUCAGAGAGCAUUUGAUAUGGGACAACUGACCAUAUCUGUGACCGGUCUUACAUGGCUAUUGCUCAGAGCAUGUGAAGUAAGUGACACACAACUGCUACAACUUUUGGGUCCUCUCCAGGGUCGGUUCCCGCAGGAUGAAGCAGAGUUUUCCGCCUUGAAGGUUCAAUUAAGGAGAAUGGGUCACAUUUUGGAGCACUCACCGGGAAACAUAGCAGCUUCAUUGCGUGGACCUGGAGGCUCCCAUCACAAUCCAACCAGAGCUUACUUGGCAGAGGCGGGUGAUGGCACUCAGCCACCCCAGCCGAAUGCCGAGUCGUGGAAUGAAGGUUGGUCUCCAGGCGCUGUCCCUACAUGGCAUGCAUCGGAUAGCUACAGCCAUCCCACGACACAGGUCUGGUAUGCUGAAGAUUCUGAGAACGGCACCGAUACAGACACAGCCUCCAGCAGUGGAGAGACAGUCAUACCACAAGCGACGCCGGAAGGCGACACCGACCCACAAGCACUGACCGAGUAUCUGUUUUGGGCCUACACGCGCGCAAAGGCAGCCUGGCGUAAGCACCUUCACAAGCCCACCCGUGCUGUAAGGCGCCACACACGCAGGUACAUCUACUCUAGGUCAAAGGGCUCCAAGAACUCCAAGGGAAAAGGCUAUAAAGGCAGACCAAAUGUCAGCACUUUCCUAGCCGAACUCGGAGAUGAUGAAGUAGAGUAUGUGUUUAAAGGCAUGCGCAAGGGCAAGGGACCCCUGAGCGGUCUUAUCUUCAUGGCCUCGCCUGCCGAAGAAGGUGUCCCAGGGCCCAUGGCCACUCUCAUCGACAACUUCGUCAGUGCAGGCCAAGCUGUGACACAGCGUUGGCUGGGAGACGAGGCAGUUAGCAGUGCCACUCCCGCUGCAGAUACGCAGCAGUACGACGCUGUGGACGACACAUGCCCAUUGUGCCGGGAGGUGUACUUGGAGCGCCAAGUCAGCAAAAGCUUGCGCAACCUCUUCACAUCCAAGGUGUGGGACAUGGACAUCAGCAGUGCAUAUGGAGUGCCAGGCGCAAUCCUGGUCAUGUCACCGAAGGAUGAUGAGCUUCGGCUCAUCGUGCCAGGCCCUGCAGGCUGUAAGGUGAAAUUAUGCCCAGGCACCAUUGAGUAUCCUCUCUUCACUUCGCCAAGCGGUCAUCUGCUCCUACGUUGUGAUCAGUUCCAGAAUACCAAAGAAGGCAGCCUUGGCUCCACUCGGCUGGUGUUCACAGCAGGUGAGCAGGAUGACGAACAGCACAGCUCCCCGGCAGCCGCUACUGCUUUCUUUCCUCACGGACUGGAUGUAGUGCUCAACCAAGGAGGAGACCUGUGGCUGGAGUUGGGGCCGGAUCAGGAAGUGCCUCCUACACAAGCUGUUCAGCGGCGUAAGCCAAACGGCCAGCUCAUAUAUGGGCAGCUCCUAAGCACGCACCAGCGACUGGUACGUUUCAAUCCCAAGCUCAUGCAUGCGGUGCAGCCCUGGACUGGGGAACGCAUCUCCAUCAGCGCUUACACCAGUCGCAGUCUUGAUCAGGCAGAUGAGAGCAUGAAGAGGCACAUGAGGCGCUUACUUUUCCCCCUGCCACCCAGUCGGGUGACAGUGGCAGUAGCCUCGCCAAGCCUCUCUGAUGUGCACGGUAAAGAGAAUCACAGGUCUGUUGCUGCAGAGCAUCCUGCAUCCAGUACGGUGCUGCACACUCCAUCUGUGCCAAUCCGCUCUUCUCGUCUUGCCGUUGUAAUUGAAGAACUCCCUGCAGUAUCAUUGGUGCUGCAAGGUGCCGGUUGGACAGUUGAGCAUCUUCACCACAACCAAGUAAAUUCCUCUGCCACCUCCGAGUUGGCACGUCGGUUGAAGGAAGGUAAGAUACAUGCUGUGUGGUCUGAUAUGCCACUGCCUGGUCGCCAUGUUCCUCGUUGUCGGUUGUCCGCGCACAUGACGCAGCUGUGUGUAUGGAUGCAGCUAUGUGGCGAACUUGGUUGCAUCGCCUGUCUCUUUGGAGCCUAUGGUUCGCAAUGGCUGAAUCCCAGCGUCGCGGACUUAGUUGGCAGAGGCCAACUGGUGAAAUCUUACCAUCGGGCAUGUGUGGAGCUGCCUGGCCACCCGUGCUUCUACCCAACAGAGGAGAGACUUCGGCAGAAGCAGCGCUUAAAGGCCAUGAAGGACAGGGGUGAGACGCCCAAAACUCGCAAAAUGGUUGUAGAAGAUCACCAUGAUGACUGCGGCACUUGCCUUGACAGUCUCAUUCCCCUGCUUCCCUCAGACUCCCCGGAGGAGAAGGCCCACCCGGCACAUUUCACACUGCUUAAAUGCACAGAUCCGUUCCCGUUAGACUGGUUGGUAGGUUCCCAGGCGAAAGCAAGCCUCCCACCAGCGAACCCUAGGUGCUAUUUAGCUGCAAACGCACAACAGGGAGUGGAAACGGUAAUGCAGUGGCCGAGUGGCGUCGAGGACAUUUGUGUGUACAGCGGAGGUGCUCAUGACCUCGCUUACUGGGCCGUUCGCAGACACUACAGUUCAGGUGCAUGUUUGGACAUGUUGGUACAAGUAGAUCCUAGUGACCAGCCUUCUGCAGUAGGCUUACUCCUCUACGUGUAUCAUCAGAAGCCUUUGCUCUUCAUCAUGUCGCCUAGCAGUGGUAUCCAUGCAAGUCCGACGGUCGCAGCUCUGACUGGCAGAAUCGCUUUUGCACAGCACGAGUCAGGCAGGUAUUUUGCAUGCGAGCAGGUUUGUCCGACACAGCUGCCAGCUGUAGCACCGUGGCCGCAAGUACUUGCGCAACCAGGCGUGCUGCGCCAGGACGUGGCACUUCUUGCUGCGUCUCCGGCCCCUGCGGAUCAACUGACCGUAACCCUAUGGGCAAACCAUGCGCUUCUGCUACAGCCACACCGCAGCACGAGCAUCCCACCAGCCAGAUUUCGAGAUGCCCAAGCCUGGCCAUGGUGGUUCGCCACUCGUGUCAGUGAUGGUGCCUGUUUGGUCCGAUGCCACCACCAGCUGACUGCACGCAAUGCCUUGCAGAUGUAUCCUUCAGUCGGAGUGGGAGCGCCUAGCGAUGUAACAGAAGACCCCCCAGGUCAAGAGCUUUGGCGAAAAUGUCCAGGGUGUAGGGGGAAACAGGCUAAGUAUGACAAUCGCCAUAAUCGCAUUCCCGGCCAGUGUAAAUACCCUGACGAAGAGAAAAUUGAUUGGGCCUGCCCUGGUUGUAAGGCACAUCGACCGCGCACCCAUUCCACACACACCUACGAUGAGCAUUGCAGGUAUGCCAUCGUAGAAGAAAGACGUGGACACCCGCGGGCAGGCCGUCAUCCGCGACCGCCAGCCCGCAAGGCACGCGAUGACCCCACUGCCGACCUCCAGGCUCAGCUACCUGAAGAUCAGGGCGAUCUGGCUGCCGGGGAAGAGGCUGAGGCCGAGCUGCCCUCCUCUAUCCCCCACACAAGCCCAGAUGGAGUCAACUCUCCUGGCCUUGACGAUGAUAACCUCUUUCCCGAGCUGGACCUUCCGCAGUUGUCUCCAGCUGAGAAGGCCGCCGGUGCUGCCUCUGAUGCUCGUGCCAGGUCUUCCCUAGAGCCCCCCGCCGAAGAUAGUACACAACCCCGACGGCGUCGGGAGCAGCGGACAACGAAGGAGCAAGGCUCAGGGCAAGAGACUCCCUCGGAUUGGUCUCGUUACGAUGUAUCUAGAUCUCUGCGGGUACUAAGAGUAGGCAGUGACAAUGCUGUACGGUUGGAGUUGCGCAAACUUCAUCUACGGCUGUGGCACGCGUCCCGUCAAUCUAUGACUCAAAUUCUCCGCGCAGCCGGUGUCAGCAACAGGGUUAUCGAAAUGAUCCCAGACAUAAUCAACACCUGCCGUGAAUGCCGGAAAUGGGCCCGACCUGGCCCCAACACUCAACAUGCCCUCACUGCCAGCCUUCGCUUCAACCAGCAUGUAGAGGUUGACCUCCUGUUCUAUCGCACUCACAUCGUGCUGCACUUAAUCUGCCGUGCUACACGUUGGCACGGGGGAUGUGUAGUGCAAAGUAAGCAGGGCGAGGAACUGUUUGAGGCACUGCAAACCGCAUGGAUAGGCAUCCACGGACCGAUGGAAACCCUAGUGAGUGAUGGUGAAUCUGGUCUCUGGAGGGAGGAAAUCGCAGGCCGCUUGAAGCGGCAGGGUGUCAACCUCAAGCCCAGAGCCCCUCAACAGCAUGCGCGCUUCAUUGAACGGCGAGGUGCUGUGCUCCGCGUAACCAUGCAUGUCAUGCAAGAGCAACUGGAUCGUGAGGGUUUGGUUUAUACGUUCCCGUCGCUCUUAGCAGAGGCCAUCUUUGCUGGCAAUGCCUUGACUCACGUCGGGGGAAGCACGCCGUAUCAGGCAGUGUACGGGCGCCAGCCCGCGAUGCUGCCAGCUUUGGAUGCACCAGAUCACCAGGAUCACGAAUCGAUUAGCGCAGCAGGCGACCGCCAGCGCGCCUCCAUCCGCCAUGCAGCCCUUCAAGCUAUGAUCCAGGCCACUAGCCUGGCACGUCUCAACAGGGCAGCACAUACCCGCACGUCACCAGACAGCACCCGCGAAUACCAAGCCGAAGACUUGGUGGACGUCUACCGAAAGCCCACUUCUAAGGAUGCAUCUGGUUGGGUAGGCCCAUACCGGGUGGUUCGCUCAGAGCCCGGCCAAGUAGUGGUAAAGGUUAAUGGAGUGGCCCUGCACACAACCGACCAAGAUGUCACCUUGGCCGAUGUCUGCGACGAAGCGGCUACAAUCACGCAUGAGACGCUAGAUCGUGACAUGCAGCCAGACAGUGAUCAUGAGCGAACCAGCAUCCAUACACCUCAGGGCCCCCUCUCUGCAAUUACAGAAGAAGCCACGGAUGAGCCCGAGGAACUUCCAGAAGCUGAGCUGUCUGCUUUCCUGGCCAGUUGUACCAACUGCCCAGAAGUUGUGCAAAACACGAUGGUGCAGAUCUUCCAGCUCAGUCAGUCCGAACUGUUGGAAGAUCCCGCGUGUCACUACCACCUUGCCGGUAUAAGCCCUGCAUCCUACGGUGAACUAGAAAAUUGGGAUGAUGCCGGAAACGGCUACGUAGAGUUAUGGUUCACUAGGGAAUUCAGUAAGGUGAUAGGUGAUGAAAGUCUCCUUAGGGACCAGGAAACCUACGUCUUGCAAGUCUUUGCAUCCGGUUUUAGGAAUGCAGUGAUCAAGCGAGAAAGUCAUCUCUUGACUACACAAGAGCUGCAGGAUCACGCAGCCGCAGUGCGGGCAGCUUCGGUCGAAGAACUUAGAAUAUGGGACAAAUACAAAUGCUUCAAAAGAGUACCGCGCGCUACAGCUCACAACAUCAUGGACAGCAAGGCAGUAGUCAAGUGGAAGGUCACCACCACUCCAAAUGGCCAGACUAGCCGUAUUCCUCGAGCUCGAUUAGCAUUACGGGGAUUCAAAGAUCUCCAAGCGAAUGACAUCGAGGCUCAUGCUAGUACGGCAUCGAGACUAUCACAGCGCAUGUUGUGCAGUGAAGUCGCGUGCAGGCCAUCUUGGAAAUUCGUGACAGUAGACGUAAACAAGGCAUUCUUGCAGGGUAUGUCCUAUGAUGAAAUCCACAAGCUCACAGGCGAAACCGAACGAGAGGUACAUUUCACGUUGCCUCACGGAUGGGAGCAUCACUUACGCAAGAUACCAGGUUACGAAAAUUUUUGCCCUAGGACUGAAGUCUUAAAAUGCCUUAAGCCCGGGACCGGGUGCAAAGAUGCACCUCGAGCGUUCAGUCUUAAACUUGCGACUUUCACUAGGUCAGAAAAGAUAGGUUUGAGACCUUCAACUUACGACCCGGAGUUAGAGCUCAAGGUAACCGCCACCGGAAUCCUUGUUCUUGUAUUGGCAAAGCAUGUCGACGACUUGAAAAUUGCAGGUGAAGCCCCGGAAGUAGAUGCCCUCAUAAGCUACCUAGAGUCCGGAUUCGGAAAAUUGUCGUACCAGGAAGGCACUUUUACAAACUGUGGUUUGCAGCACAUAAGAAUGCCUGACGGUUCCGUUCAAAUGAACCAGCACGAAUACAUCAACGCAAUGCGUCCUAUUCAUCACCCCGAGCUUGCAGGCAGACGCAGUGAUGAACCUUGCACUGCAGAAGUACACAGUCUUUUUCAAUCCUUGCUAGGAGCAGUCGCAUACUGUUUACUUUCGCAGUCAUGGGCUGCCGUCUUUGUUGUGGCCCUACAACGCCGUACCACGAACCCUUUAAACCUGCACGUGAGACGCCUUAACCUUUUACUAAGAGCCCUCCAAAAGCAGAAAAGUUCCUUGGUUUUCCCCGCCAUGACCUGUAAGCAGCAUGUGUUGGUGUACUCGGACGCUUCGUUCGAUAAGGAAACUGAAAAUAAAGGGUAUGGCAUGCGCGGCACCGUGUUCUUGCGCAUGGGCGCCCGCAAUGGGCAGCCCUGCUGUCAUUUACUCGAAGCCCAGUCGCAAAGCCUGAAGUUAGUGACCCGAAGUACCUUUGCCUCCGAAACCCUGGCUGCCGUAGGCGCCAUAGAUAACCUCACCCCGCUACUUCUGACGUUUGAAGAGUUCACAAAAGGUGCCCUAAGCCCUGCGCGCGCGCGGCAGCUUAGAGAGGUUGGUGGAUUCGCUUUCAGCUCAGAACUGUGCAUUGAUGCCAUGAACUUGUUCUACGCACUUACAGCGGCAUACCCGCGCCUCCCGGCAGAGAAGACGCUGUUUGUCCACAUCUCGUGGUUGCGAGACACGUUUCAAAGGGGAGUGCCUCGAACCGUAUCCUGGUCAGAUACCCGCGACAUGGUCGCAGACGGGUUAACGAAGGGAAAGGUCGAUCGUACGGCCCUCUUGGAAGCAAUGCGGGGAGUGCUCCAUGUCCGACAUCCCAAGAAAUCCCAUGAAGGCAGCAAAGCUGCUUCGUCACCUGGCCCCAGUAGUUAA